UAUACACAUCUCAUACACCGAAAAAAAGUAGCAUUAGAAAAUUCACAACAAUGGCUCUAGCUCCACAAAACAAUCGCCGCUCAAUGUUUGCUCCUAUUUCCGACCUAAACAACACUAAAAAAUCAUGGAUUCUCAUGUUAAGGGCUGUGCGUGUUUACUUUGUGCCGAGGUGGGCAAAAGGCGGGGAUUCCAUGGAGAUCAUAUUUCACGAUGAGCAUGUAUGGUAUUCCCCAAGGACUGUGACUGUAUCUACUGCAUUUCAUGUUACCAAAAUGAUUUUCGAUGGUAAUUCUCCCGAGGUUGAAGAAUUUAGAGCAAGGUUGCCUCCACAAGUGGAUGACGGAAUGGGGAGCAUCGUUCUGAACGGUGGGGAUGCCGGCGACCAAGGUGUCAUCAAAACAACAACAAUCAAAGCUCUUUUGGACAACAUGAAGAGUGCAACAAAAAGGUCAUUCCGGAUGGUGAUAAGUUCAAGUGUUCGGGUUGUGCAGUUAUUAGACCGCAUGGGGUGUAUAGAUACAAGGUCAGUGUUCGAGUCUAUGAUCACACCGGUCACGCUUCAUUCGUACUUUGGGACCGAGAGUGUAAAGAAGUCUUGGGUGCAAGGUUUGUCCCAUGUAGUGGUGAAGUCCGUAGUUGGGAGUCCAAGUUGGAAUGGACCAAGGGCUUUUGGGGUGAGGUCUUUAAUUACCGACCCUACGAUCUUGAGCAAGUAUGAACAUUUGAUUGUGAUUGAAGAUGAAGAAGCUGACAUAGAGAGUGAGGGUUUAUGGGCAUCUCUCGAGGAUUUGAGCCAAAAGGUGCAUGAAGUGAUUGGUUCAAGUGAUCCAAUGUCUAGCCAGAGUGUCAAUACCAAGCCAAGAAUGAUGCUCGAUUUGGAUGAGAGUGAAACUUUGAAGAGGAAUCUAUUUGAUGAAAUUUCAAAAAGUGCUAGCAAGAAAAUGAAUAUGGAAACUCCUAGAGACUAAACAUCAAACUCCUUGGGACUGAAAAAUCAUUGUCAUUUUGUAUGCUUGAAUACCCCACCUAUUUUUGUGAUGCGGUUUGUUAUGGUGUGGG